UCGGCUCCGCGGGGCCUGGGCCGUCUUCGCGGGCGCUUCCGGCUCCGGCGGCACGUGGUGCAGGGCAGCCCUUAAAGGGGCCGCGCUGCGGUGACGGCCACAACCGCUUUCCUCCGUCCGUCAAGUCUGGGCUACGAAGGUGAUGAAGGAACUGGAGCGGUUCUCCAAUGAAGAAAUUCUGAGACGUGCGACCGUUCAGGCUGGAGUAGGGAUGCUUUCCAAGGUUGGUAUUUAUUGUAAAAAUGUUAUGGUACUUAUCAUCAGGCAAUGUAAAGCCUGAACCAAAGUUUCUUCAGCCUUUUACAUUUCCUGCAUUUUGCAUCUGGUGUGGAACUGAAAACAGAGGCUCCACACAGCACCUGAGCAGCUGCCUUACAGCUGAAGUGUAUCCAGACGUUGCGUGGGGAUGCACUGUAACUUGGUAGUCGUGAAGAAAACCCUAUCCUGAUGCAGGAUCAGCUGAGAGGUAAAUCAGUGGGUGGUGCUGAACAGAGAAGGUACUAUUAUUGCUUGCUUUCCUAAAGCACAGUAAGAAGUACACAUAGUACCCACACCACUCUCCAGACAGCUACAGCUGUCCUUAAGCUGCAACAAGCUACAAAAUAAUAACUUUUGAAGUCUUUCCUGAACGUUAUUACUUUGUUAGAAUCUUUAAUCUAGAACUCCAGGAGCAAAAAACUAUUGUCUUUAAAAGAAAUAAAAGCCCGUUUGUUCAGUAGUGCCCAAACACCCUUUCUCAAUACAGUCCCUUCUGGAAACAGUCAAUUCCAACUGUUCCUAAAGCAGAUUUAUACCAUUUACGUUACCAGCUGUAGUUUUACUCAGAGAGAUAUAUGAUAAUCUUGACACAGGUUUUCAUACUGAGAGGACCUUAACGUUCAGGAUAAAGAUUUUCCUCUCUGCCAGUGUGCAAACCAUGUUUCCUGACAGAGGAUUCUGUGCACUUACUUCCUGAAAGUGGGAGUCCCUCACAUGCUAUUUAUGUCUGUGCUCACACUAAAUUUUAUCAGGAACCGAUUUCUAGCGAAUCGAUUCCUAAAAGUUUGCACACACCUAUUAUUGUAACAAUUGUAUCAUCAGUAGUUUUCAUAACCCAGUUCUAAAUUCAGUUCUAAAAUUCCUCAUUUGGAUUUGUCUGCUGCACUUUUAUAAUGCAGGACUUUGUGACUGUUGUGUUUUUGACUCUGGCUGAGAAGUUUCAUCUUCUGGGAUGGACAGUAUCAGUGAACAUUUAACUCUGGUCCUUAACAUGCUCUUCUUUAUUUCUACCUAGAGAUCCUAACAUUUCCUCAUUGUUAUCAGUUAACUUGGGAGUUCUGAUUUCUUCUUCCAGCAACACUGAAGCAUGUUUUGACACAACGUCUCUGUGCCAAAGAUUCUGAGUGGACGUCAUUCCAAUACAGCACACUGCUCCAGUUCAAAGCAGCAGUUUCUCAGCAUUACGGCUAAGCCUGCAGACCUCUGGACAUGUUAGAAACAAUACAUCUGUGCAUUCACUCGAGGUGCCGCCUACUCCAUUCCUCCCUCACAUUCUUAGAAGCACAAUGAGACAAGACAGUUCUUCAUAUGGGAUACACACUACUCUCAGUCUCACUGAAGUUUAAGGUGUCUAAUGCAGAAAAAUUUGUUUUGAGGACUGCAUCUGCUCUCUGAUUAGAAUAAAGAAUGAACAAAGCAAACUGGAUGCAAAAUCCAGUAUGUAAAAUCCAAACCUCACAGUUUGGACACAUGCCACUCCGUCCUAGAUCAUCCCAAGAUGUUGGCUGCUAUUUUUUCUCUUGGAGGAGUGGGAAGCACACCCUACUGCCCUCUUUAGGCUCCACCCCUUUCAGUGCCGUUUUAAGUAGGACGGAGCUUUUCAGAGAUCGUAUCAGAGAUGUGGAAAACAUAAGAACAGACUGGUCUGGGAAGCAAAUCAGCAGCAGAAAACGAAAGAGGAAAAGCAAAAAAGCUCUAUAAAUAACUUGGCAUCUGGAGGUGAUGUGGAAAACACUCAGAAUGAAAAGCGAGCUCCUAAGUCUCCUUCUGCUGGUGGGAGCAAUCAAGACUGCUCAAUGCCAGGGCUUGCACAUGCGUUACAAACGGGGAGCCAGAUCCAGAGCCAUUUGCACGGACUAUUCAUCUGGACAAAUAUACCAGCACAGGGGGAGCUGGCUGAGACUCUCAGGGAGCAGAAUAGAAUAUUGUAGGUGUGACAGCGGUCGGAGUCGCUGCCACACUGUGCCCAUCAGAGCCUGCACUCGAAAGAAAUGCUACAAUGGAGGCCAGUGUUCACAGGCAUAUUACUCCCCACAGCUCUUCAUCUGCCAGUGUCACCAAGGUUUCUCUGGGAAGCAGUGUGAAAUAGAUACUGAAGUUAAGUGCUACAAAAAUGCUGGAGUAACAUACAGGGGUACAUGGAGCAUAACAGAGAGCGGGGCUGAAUGCCUGAAUUGGAAUGUCAACGGCUUGAUGGACCGUAAAUACAGCGGCCAAAGAAAGGAUGCUGCUGAGCUGGGAUUGGGCAAUCACAACUACUGCAGAAACCCAGAUGAGGACUCCAGACCUUGGUGCUAUGUCUACAAAGGGGGAAAGUACACCUGGGAACACUGCAGCGUGCCCUCCUGUUCAAAAGUUGGAAAUAUCAAUUGCAAAACUGGAAGAGGCACAGAUUACCGAGGCAGUCACAGCGUUACCAGUUCUGGAGCUACCUGUUUGAGAUGGAAUUCUCAAGUGAUUGUCAGCAAGUUAUAUACUGCUUGGAGAAAAGACGCUUACCAGCUAGGCCUUGGCAGUCACAAUUUCUGCAGGAAUCCUGACAAUGACAGCAAGCCCUGGUGCCAUGUACUGAAAGGAAAACAGCUCACAUGGGAGUACUGCGAUGUGCCUACUUGCUCCACCUGUGGUUUACGGCGGCGCAGAGUACGCCAGUACCGGAUUAAAGUUGGCUCCGAAGCAGACAUUGAAGCACACCCAUGGCAAGCUGCCAUCUUUGUGAAGUAUCACCGAGCACCCGGAGAACAUUUCCUCUGUGGAGGAAUUCUAAUCAGUCCCUGCUGGGUUUUGUCAGCUGCUCACUGUUUUGAGGAAGGUUUUAGUACUGAUCAGCUGAAGAUUGUGCUGGGCAGGACUUCUCGAGAAACUCCAGAGGAGAGGGAACAAAAGUUUCAGGUGAAGAACUACAUUGUACAUGAGAGAUUUGACUCAGAGAAUUUCAACAACGAUAUUGCUCUGCUGCAGUUACAAUCUGACACAGAAGACUGUGCUAUUGAAACAGAUACUGUUCGAGCAGCCUGCCUCCCAACACCAGACCUGCAGCUGCCUGACUGGACUGAAUGUGAGAUCUCUGGUUAUGGUAGAAAUGAAGAAUUUUCACCCUUUUAUUCAGAGCACCUGAAGGAAGGCCACGUCAGACUAUUUCCAGCCAGUCGGUGCACCACAAAGCAUCUAGACAACCGGACAGUUACAGACAAUAUGUUAUGUGCAGGAGACACAAGGCACCUCGAUGAUGCUUGUAAGGGUGACUCUGGAGGGCCUCUGGUCUGCAUGAAAGAUGAUCGCAUGCAUCUAAUAGGAAUCAUCAGCUGGGGAAUAGGCUGUGGCCGCAAAGACAUACCUGGUGUUUAUACAAAUGUGAACCGUUAUCUUAACUGGAUUCAGAACAACAUGAAAUCCUGAGGAAGAAGAUCAUGAAGACUCAAGAGACACGUGGACAUACGUCUUCUAUAACAUGGCCCUAGGGCAUACCUGAACAUAUUACAAAGGGCAUUGUUUAUUAAUUCAAAUUUAUUCCCACAAACCCCUUCCUCACCCCUCCUCUUUGGAGGAAUGUUCUUUUCUAGCUUUCAAGCCAUGAGACAGAAAAGUAUCUCCCUUUGAACAACGGGCUAAACGAGAAAGUCUCAUGAUCUCAUAUGAAAAAACAUGAUCAAAAGAAGAAGUGCAAUGGAAAGACACAUACUUUCUUACCCAAAAUUCACCUGCCUGCAGCAAGGUGAAUCAAAGAAGUGCUGAGCUUGAGUCCUUACUCUACGCAGGCUUUUUCUAGCUUGGAUUAUCUCCAUUUGGGUCUCACAUAGCAAAAAUAACACCCUGUGCUACGUCCACAUCAAAAAACACACUGCUGUAACACUUCUGUGUGUGAGGAGAGGAGGGGAGAAUAAGUCUUUUAAUGUACUUUUCUUUACAAUUCUUAAAGGUGUGCUUUUUUGGUUUUGUUGUUGUUGAAGUACUAUGCAGGUAUUUUAAGUUAUUCUGCACUUGUCUGGCUUAACAGUAAAAUUUCCACCACUGUACAAACAACUGACAUGUCUAAACUUGUCCAGCAAAACAUAAUAAUUCACACUUACCUCCACUGAAUUUACAGCUGCGCUCUUUGUAACACAGUAUUAACAAUGGAUUUGCAAAUAAAAAUUUUAUUUCUUAUUUGGCUGUAUAUUUGGAAUAAAUUCUAGUUAGGAUUAAGCUCUGUCCUUACAAUGUUUUACUCUGGUUAUUUAAACUGGUUUCCAACUCCAAUAGAAAUAACAAACAUCUAGGCAUGGGCUGUUUACUUCCAUAUCGCUGUACCACUUGCUUUUUCAGUUUGGAACGGAUUUAUUAACAGAGUCUAAGAUUAAGCUAUCUGAUCAAAAACAGAACGGCAUGCUUGUUAGGACGUUCUGUUCUUGCUGUUGCUUUUCCUCCUUACAGGAGCCAAACAUAAAAAUAAAUAAUAGGUAAAAACCGUAA